AUGGAGGACAUGAAAAACCAGUUUGAGAUGUCUAGUUUAGGAGAAAUGAACUACUUUCUAGACUUGGAAGUGUAUCAAUAUGAGGAUGGAUUUUUUCUGAAUCAAGAGAAGUAUGCUCAUGAAGUUUUGAAUAAGUUUAGAAUGGAAAGUUGCAAAUCUGUCCCCACUUUUUUGGUGUCAAAUUUGAAGUUCUCAAAGGAAGAUGAAACUGAAAAAAUUUAUGUUUCUCUUUAUAGAAGCUUGAUUGGAAGUCUACUUUAUCUUACUUCAUCCAGUCCUGACCUUAUGUAUGCAACAAGUCUACUCUCAAGAUUUAUGCGGAGUCGUACCAAGACACAUUUUGCUACAUCAAAAAGGGUGCUUAGAUAUGUUAAGGGCACUACACAAUUUGGAAUAUGGUACAAACCAAGUGAAAAUGGAAGUUUGAUAGGAUAUGUUGAUAGUGAUUGGGCUGGAAAUAUUGAUGACAUGAAGAGUACUACAAAUCAUGCUUUUUCCUUAGGCUCUGGCAUGUUCUCAUGGAAAUCAAGGAAGCAAGAAAUUGUAGCUCCAUCUUCUGUUGAAGCAAAGUAUGUAGCAGCAGCUGCAGCAACAAACCAAGCUAUUUGGUUGAGGAUAAUCCUACUUGAUUUAUUGUGA